GUCGUGAAUUCUGUGCUGUUUUAUCACCCCAACGGCCCCAAGCCAUGCUUGUCAAGCAGCACGCCGCCCGGGGCAACAUCCCAACCCCAUUACGGCACAAUCCAAACCACCCGCCUACGGCUAGCCCAGCCCACACCUUGUCGUCCUUUGGUGCCUCUGUGCUGCCCUUCACCACGCUUUCCUUUAUUGCCCCGGCGCCUGCUUUGCCCCUUCACCGAACCUGCUCACGAUCCAGCACGCCGGACAAUCGCUGCCCUGCUAGUCUCAUUUCAAAGCAUACCGUCAACAAUCAUUAACACGGACGCUGCCCUUGCUUUGCGCCUCGCUUCCCUGACCACUGACCACCACAACGACUCCGAAUGGGCCCUGUCGUGAAGACGCAAACACUCUUCACCGCGCCUUGAGCCAACGCUCCUCACAUGCCCAACCCACCCUGAGCCAGGCCCGCCGCUCUCACCACACUCUCCGCCGUCCACAUGCUCGAGCUACACCUCCCUCAUCCAAUGCCUCACGCCGUCCCUCGGGAGCGUCCCUUCGACUUCUACGCUCCCUCUCGCCCCCUCGCCAAGAUGGAUGCCACCCGCCAGAUGCAGCUGCCCAUGCCGCAGUUCAACGGUCACCACGGGCGUGAUGCCCUGAGAACCGCUCAGCGGGCCCAGCCGCUCACGCCAUCCUCAGACUUCCCUGGCUCGGCAGUGAGAGUUGUCUCUCUGCCCUCAACUGAAGGCACCGGCCAGGAGUACGGAUAUCAGCUGCCUGCAAUCGGAAACUCUCGAACAGCAACACCACAUAGUCCAGGUGCACAAAGGCACGCCCAGCAACCUACACAAAGCACAGCGCCCCAGCCGCCUGCGCAAAAUAUGGCACAAAGGAAGAUAUCCGCUAACCUUAGGGUGCCGGCCACAAUCAGCACUCCCCAGGAGGGCUUGCCGCAAUUAGCUGCCGAGGUGACGUGCCUUUUCUGGUUUGAAAGCUCGACAGUCUUGAAACAGGUUCUAGAUGGCAGCUCACCGAGCAUGCACAUUCAGCCUCUCUCGCCAGAUGCCAUCCCGACGACCGGCUUCAGAAAAUGGGUUACUACCAUCCUCACAACCACGCAGGUCGCACAGAACGUGAUUCUCUUGGCACUGCUCUUCAUAUAUCGGUUGAAGCUCACCAACCCCACGGUUAAGGGGAAACCUGGAAGCGAAUAUCGCCUAUUGACCGUAGCUCUAAUGUUGGGCAAUAAGUUUCUCGACGAUAACACAUACACCAACAAGACGUGGGCCGAAGUCUCGGGAAUCUCUGUGCAGGAGGUGCACGUUAUGGAGGUGGAAUUCCUUAGCAACAUGCGAUACAGCUUGUUCACCUCACAAAAGAAAUGGGAAGAGUGGCAUACGAUCGUUGGCAAGUUCGGGACCUUCUUCGAUCGAGCAUCCAAAGUACCGCCGACGAGCGCCAUCAGCCCUGUCAACACGAUGCCCCCGCAGCUCGCUCGCCCCAAUUUCGUCCCUUCGCCUCCCACAUCUCAACAGCCAUCGCCUCCGAUGCAGAUGCUGUACUCUCCAUCACACAGCCAGUUCUCCAACACCCCACUUUUGCAGCCGCAAGCUACGUCUACUGCCGUGUCUCCGAUUGGCCCCCUACCGGAACUUGGUCCCAUCCAACGCAAACGCAGCUCCGACUACAGUGUAGAGCCACCACCAAAACGACAUGCUCACGGAUUUGCCCCCGGUCCCUACAGCAACGCCCCUUUGAUUCCCACGCUACAAGCGCCCGUCAACAGGUCUUUCGAGGCACCCCCAUCACUGAACAGGCUCCCGCCACUACCCAGUCUGUCUAUUCCGGCCCCACAAUCCAACCCUCCUAUGCAGGUCAAAAACUGGUCAGAUCUCCCGCUGUCCGUACCGGCACCUCGUUCCAUGGCCAUGGUAUAUCCUCCUCCAGUGCAGUGGCAGCAGCCGGUCAGCACGCCCACUUCGACUGCCCCGCCGUCCAUGUACCCCACACAUACUCCCACAACUGAACGGUCACGCCAAGUUAGCCCAUACCCGCCCUCCGCCGGGUCUUCUCCAACUAGCGCGACUUAUCCCGUUGCGGGACAGCGGCAAUUGUCUCCGUCGUACUUCCUCAACCAGAGGCAGUCGCCGUAUCGCCCCGUUCGUGGUGUUCACACGCUACUUGUACCCCCGCCAUCGACCUCAAUGCACAAUCCGGCCCGCAACAUCGCGUACGAGCAAAUGCAAUAUCAGCCGCUUGGUCGCCCUACCGCCGAUCGUCGUUCUGGGCCUCUCCCCUACAUGGAUCACGGAGCAUGGCCAGAGGUCAAUCAAUUCAAUCAACUUCCCAUUCCGCAGCAGCCCGUCUUCCGUUGAGGAGCAGGCUACUAUGUACAUACAUGACACCUUCACCAACAAUCCCAACAGCGACUUGGGUGUAUCUUCGUCCUUUUGUCUUUCGGUCCUGCGUUCAAGCGUUGCAUUGCAUUGGGCAGUUUUAUUUCCAGCACGCUGGCCGUCCAAAGCCAACUUAUUUCGGCAUUUUAUCUAGCAUCACAAGGCGUUAUGUGGCCAGCAUCUGUGGACUGGCAGCACUUGACACGAGUGCGAAUAAGGAGAUCGAGCCUCGCAUAUGCGACGGCUCCUUCGGGUCCUUCGGAUAGCAAUACUAGUAGAUCAGAUCAUUGCGUCUCUGAACCUUCGGUGGUUUGAAGGGUCGCCACAAAUCAAAAUCAUCAUGGAGC